UUAUUGACACGUGUUUAUAAUCACACAAACACAAACUCAUCAUCCUCCGGUCAAAACGCUGCAGCAACCGAAGCGUGUGUGGAUGCUGUGAUGCGCUUGCCGCGCGCGGGAGAUUUACUGUUACUUUGUAGCGGCUGCUGAGAGGAAAUUCGUCGAUCUGUUACAUUUAAACCGAUGAGGGAACAUGAGCUCUUCUCCACGUGAGCUUGCAGAAGAUGUGCAGCACCAGCAGGUGACCCAGUCCACCAUCCUCCUCCUGCUUCAGGAGGCCACGAAACUCGCUCCACCAGCGGCCGACGAGCGCUUGAGUUCUGGACCGUCACGUGCUGAGAGUCAAGACGUCGGGUCACUCGUUCUCUCCGGCCGUAAAGACUCACAGUUCACCGGUUCUUUCUCUGUGAUGCGCGAGUCUGAGCGCGGCAGCAGCGCGUGGGAAGUGAUGCGUCUGAUCAACCAGCAGUGCGAGCGGCUGCUGCGGUCCGGCUGCGAGGACGGAGCUCAGGUCGAUGUGGACUCCUCAGACGUCACAGAGACCGCGGUGAUGUCCAGACCUCGGUUUGAGCCCGAGCGUCCCGCCGUUUCCUGUGGCAGCGUCCCAUCUGACGCAUGUUUCUCCUUCAUCUACAACUCUGAGCCCACAAACGAGCUCACAGAUGUGGAGGAAAUCAAAGAACCCGAUGAUCUCGCUGAGCUCAUAAAGACGCACACAGCGGAUCACGUCGGCGCCAGCGAGAAAACUGAAAACACGUCUGUGCUGCACGACGAGUCCAGAGACCUGGGCCCUUCUGAUCAGGACGAGCCUGUUGUCCCGUCCACAGGAAGUGACUGUCCGCCCGUCAGUCCUCUUGACUUCACUUCCCGUCUGGUGUCUGAGCGAGACGCUGACAGCGUGUGGCUCCCUUUAAACGCCUCUGAAAACACACGGUGUUCCUCACAACCGGCCGACCUCAACAAUAAUCUCGUAGAGAGCGUGAAUAAGGAGCUCCAGGAUCGGCAGGACGUCCAAACGGGGACGUGGGACGCCGGCAGACGGGCGCAGAGGAAGCAGCCUCGUCCCGCCCGCAGCCCUGACCCGCAGGACCCCGACGUGCAGGGCGUGACGUUCAGCAUGUACCCGGAGCUGGACGCGGAUCGGAGCAGACUGAUCAUCACCUCCAACUACAGCGAGGAGAUCCGGCGCUUGAGGAGAAGCAGGAGCAGCAGGUGUCGGCCUCAGAGGACCAGCAGCUCAGAAGAGGAGAGCGACUCCUGCGCUCCGUCCCGAAGUAAGAUCUGCGCGUCCUGCCGCACGAGGAAGACUCCUCUCUGGAGAGACGCUGAAGACGGGACGCCCCUCUGUAACGCCUGUGGGAUCAGGUAUAAGAAAUAUCGCGUGCGCUGUCAGCAGUGCUGGAACAUCCCGAAGAAGGAAGCAAACACAAACUCCAAGUGUCUGAAAUGCGGCGACGUCCUGAAGCUGAAGUGCAGCAGCUGGUAGGACAUUCAUAAGCUCCUCACGUCUGCUGAAGCGCUCGGAUCUGAAUCUCUGGUGUCUGCUGAGAUGAACAUGUCUCUGAACAGACAGAGAUUCGUGAAAGUCUAACAACCGAAUCAUUCUCAGGGUUUGUUAUUGUGAACGGACGAAUGAAAGCUGUUCGGUCAGUGCUGUAUAUGACUACUCAAUUAUUUAAUUGACACAUUUCUUGUUUUGUUAACAUAUUUAUUGCUGAAUAUAUUUAUUAUUUUGUGUAUUUUCUUUGGUCACAGUCAUCUCUCUGAUUUGUGUUUCCACUGGCUGUGUUUGUGUUCAGAGGUUUUCUGUGCUGGAAUGAAAUAUUAAAUUGUAUUUAUAGUC